CUUGGGAGGUGUGCACUGUGCUCAUAUUUCCGAUGUGGGACACUGGGCAUGGAUUGUGAGCAUGGCACGUGUCUGAUGGUAAAAAAGGCCAAGAUAGAUGGCUUCGGUAGGGAGCAUGCCGAAGGGGUCCGUUGAUCAGUAACGAUUCCCUCCACGUGUUCAGUGGUAAUAGGCCGUUUAUUUUGGUAUAAACAGAACUAACUAGGAAGGAAGACUGCAAAUAUUGAGGAUUGAAAACUUCUGAUAAAGUCAAUUCUUUUGUAUGCAAGCAAAUGGCCUUUGAUGCAAAAUUACUAGGGGUCCCCGAGAUACUCUGGCUUGGAGCCUUCCUUUUGGACUCGGAGAAGUACUGUCUUCCACGACAGUGUCUCCUUCCCUUGACAGCAGAAGACAAGAGGAAAACGGAAGCCAUGUUACGUAGAUGCUACUUACAAAGAGAAGUGCCAAAGUGGAGAUUGGAACUACAAUUGAUGCUGGAAAGAGGGCUGAAAUUUGAGUUAGAAGCAUUGUCUGUGCAUGAACUUAACUUCUUGUCGGCCGUGUACAUACCAUCUAAAAUUCAAGGUGGAGUAUUAUGCAUCUAACAUCUUCUACAUCUGUACUUGUUUGUUAGCUUGUAGGAGAAAAAAAGUUAUAGGAUUUCUGCAAAGCAUAAUCAACAUUUUCAUUGCAAAA